GUGUUUCCAGCACACUGCUUAACCGUAUUUGACAAAGCUGUAAUCAUCUUUCAUGGAAAUACCAUGUUGACGUCAAAAGGGCGUCAUUUUCUAUUUGAGUAACUACAUAGAUAUGUACAGCAUUUUUUAAAACACAAGUAGAAAGUAAUGACAUGCUGAAACAAAUAAACCGAAUUAGCUCAAUUCUUUUUUCAUGUUGCCUGUGUUAGAAAAAUGAAGUGUUACCAAAUACACACGCAUAUCGUCGCUAAGAAGAAGAACCCUGAAGAAGUCAAACCAGCUCGGACAACAGGUUUUAAAUCUUCUGGACAUUUUUAUCGCUGACACAUUCUAACUAAUAUGGAUUCUCCGAGGCAGGCUAUCGACACUAAGAACACUGUAGCUAGAUUUUGGGGGAAUGGUGUGGUGGUUCCAUCCUUACAGAUAUGGACUGUAAUUCUGGAACCGCUGAGAAUAAUACUUCAGAUUGUCUAUCGACUAUGGACAGCUUUUCAGGUGUGCAGAUUGGAAAUGCAUUGGGGGAUCCAUCACCUGAGCUAUGCAGAAAGUGGAGGAGAAUCACUCAUCUUGUCCCCUACAGUAAAGCGAAACAGAAACAACGAGGAGCCCAGGUUAAACCAUUUAGCCGUAAGUGACUCAGAGUCACACAUUAUGUACAGCAAUGGAAUAAAGGACAAGUCAGGUUCAUUUGAGCCAUUGUUUUUCAAUCUUCAAUCCCAACACCUCAACGAAUGCAAAGCAUUUCUCAUACAAAGAACACAUUUCAUUUGUGAUUCAGACUCCAGUAGCACUGAAGUCUCUGCCCAGGCUCAGUCCUGUUGUGACUCACCCAUUGUUAGUGGUCAGGAGGAGACAUUUGGUGAAUUUCCUGUCAAGGAUAACAGGGAAGCAGUCGGCACAGUAAGCAAUAAUCCAAAGAUUGAGCAACUAGAAAGCCUACCUGAUGACAAAGCAGGUGAAAGUGAGGAUGAUUCGUGGGAUGAAGAUGAAAGCAGCUGUCAGGAGUGGGAUACAGAGGCAAAUCAAAAGUUAUGGGAAUGCUUUGUAAAUGCAGGAGAUACUUAUAAUCCAUUCAACUUUUCAGCAUGUAUUUCAAGCUGCCCUCAGAAGAAGCAAUCUCACCCUAACGAGACUCAUUGUCUUAAAGAUGAAGCAAGGGAGAACUUUUCAUUCAGCAGUGACUCUGAAGAAGUGGCUGAAAACCAGAAUUAUUGUCAAAACUGCUCGGAAACUGAAACUGAAGAGGAUGACUGGGACAGUUCCAGCAAUUGUAGCGCAAGCGACCAGGAGGAAAAUAAUAAACUGUGGGAUUCUUUUGUGAAUCCCACAGACCCUUAUAGCCCUUUGCAUUUUGCAGCCUGCACUGCGAGCACCAGCACAACACAGAAAACGUCGGAAUGUUUAAACAGGCACACAGGGCCUGUGAAGGUGCCAGCAAAGAAAUGCCAGAUGUUGGCAAACAGUACAAAAGACAGCGGAUAUGACAGCCAGUCUAUAAGUGAUGAUGAGAAUAAUUCUGAAGAUGAAGAUAGUUGUGAGCAGCUUAACAAAAACCUGUGGGACUCGUUUUCACAAAGUUCCGACCCAUACAAUCUUUUAAAUUUCAGAGCUUGCCUGAAAAGUUGCCCAACUGACAAGAAAAGUGAAGAUAAUGGGGUGAGAAAUGAGACAAACGGAACUGGCCCGGUGAAAGCUGUCUCAGUAAAACCAAACUUACCAAAGAGACAUUUUAAGCAUUACUGUCAGAACAAAAGCAAAGAUAACCAACAGUUUCUUACCUGGAAGAAGCCUGCCAAGGUGACUGCAAGACGUACUCAAGAGAAAGAGGAGAAAGACAUUGUGAAAAAGGUUACAUUUUCACCAGUUGUUCAUGUCCAUGUCAUGCAUGCGUGGGACUUUGCAUUAAGAGCAGCACGGAAAUCUCCUUGGGAAGAAGUGGCACGUGACAGAGCCAGGUUUCAGCGCAGGAUUCAGGAAGCUGAAGAGACAAUAGGCUGCUGCUGGAGUCCUGAUCACAGGGAGAAAAUACAAACUCGGCUGAGUGCUGAAGACAUUGUUGCACCCACAGUCCUGACGUGACUGGAACUCUGACCUCACGCUCCAAUGUGGAAUAUACCAUACUUUAAAAUGCACUGAUAUCUUCAAAUUAUUCAUUACAAAAUACCUUUACAUUUUUUUUUUAUGAAUAGCUAAUGAUUUUGCUACUUCAUGUAAACACACGUACAGUCUAAAGUAUACCGUGUAUGUGUAUACAUAUUUAAUAACCAUGUCAAAAGCAAGGUCAUUAUUUGUAAAGUUUAUUAAAUAUUUUUGUGGAUUUUCUAAUUCAUUUCGGUGUUUUUUCCUGUAUUGCUGAUAAUGUACCUCGGAUGCAGGGUGGAGUAUGUGAAGAUAUGUGCUUUCUGUUUCAAGCUGAUUAGCAGCCAGUAUGAACUUGGCAAUAAUUGCAAGUACUUGCAAGUAAGUUGCUUAAACAGUAAGAAUUGACCCCUGUGAGCAGCACGUGUGGUUCCUAGUCCAGGAAAGAACCUGUUAAUGCUGUUGCACUGAUAGCCUGUUUUGCUGUGUUUCAUAGCGAGACCAUGACUAGUAUCAACCUUUUUAAUUAGUUCCCCUAUAUUCUUGGUUAACACCUGUAUUAUGACCAAAUAUAAGCAGGUUCGUCUGUACUGUAACUAUACACAGUUACUUUUUCAUAAUAAUAACUACAUUUCAUUUUAAAAUAAUCUAUGUUUUUUUAUGAACAGAGUCACAGUAAUAAUUAGCUGACAGACUAAUCAUGUUCUUCAUUGUAAGUAAGUGAUUCACUCAGUAACACCAACCACUGAUUACACUGGGUGAAAUGCCAGUGUGCUACCUG